AUGGAAGACGUGAACGCCGGGGAUGAGAACUGGAGAGACAAAGGAAUCGAGGGACUCGCCGUGAAAUUGACAAGAUUUAAAGGACCACUUCUUCCCAAAGCUGUGGCGGCGAGAAAAGAGAAAGCUCUGGAGUUGGGAAAUGGCGAUUGCAAAGUAUGGAUUGGUAUGAUGGGUAAAAAAAAAUCUCAUGAAUCUUCACCAUCUCCGAGAUCAAGGCCUCGCCGUCGUUUGCAUCGCCGAUCCUCACCCUCCCUCACAGCUUCUGGCCACUCCUUUGGCUGGGAACUCAAGGUAUUCUCUUUUCCCGAUAAUCAAACUUAG